AUGAGAAAAAUAGGAGGAAUUCGAGCAUGGUGCUGGGUUUUCGAACUUCAAGAUCGCGGCACUCCCCAUACCCAUUUUUGUUUGUGGACAAAGAACAGCAUCGAGCAAAUGAUUAGCGAUAACAUUAUUUCGUGUUCUGUCCCAGAGACACCUGAAGACCGAGAACUUGUUUUGAAGCAUCAGAUACACAACUGUACAUGGUAUUGCAUGCCUGCGGGUAGAGUAAGUUGUCGAUUCAAGUACCCAAAAACUCCGACUGAUCUGCCUGCCCAUGUAGACGAAGACGACCGAUACGUUUUGCCGCGCGGUGAAGGAGAUGAACGCGUAAUUGGAUACAAUAUGGACCUCCUUCAUUUUGCUCGAGUGAAUAUGGACCUG